CGAUUCCUGCGCAACGGAGUGAGAAUUUUGCUACGAAAUCGAACAGACGUGUUUGAGUGUUUUGCGUAAUAUUCCUUUUUUGACUUUUAUUGUAAUUAACAUCUGUGUUCGUAACUGUUAAAAAGUUAAGUGAGUGUGUGUAAAAGAUGGGAAAAGAUUACUACAGUAUUUUGGGAGUAGCAAAAGGUGCCAGCGAUGACGAUAUAAAAAAGGCUUAUAGAAAGUUAGCUUUAAAAUAUCACCCAGAUAAGAACAAAUCUCCAGGCGCAGAGGAAAGAUUCAAAGAAGUCGCAGAAGCUUAUGAAGUGCUUUCGGACAAAAAGAAACGUGAUAUCUAUGAUAAGUAUGGCGAGGAAGGUCUAAAAGGAGGUGUCCCUGGAGGAACAGGAAAUGGAAACACUGGAAACUUCAGUUACACAUACCAUGGAGAUCCAAGAGCCACUUUUGCUCAGUUCUUUGGAAAUUCCAGUCCAUUCUCGGCAUUCUUUGAUUUUGGCAACAACCGAAUGUUUGGAUUACAUGACGAUGAUAUGGAUGUUGAUGAUCCGUUUGCUUCUCUUGGAGUUGGAGGACCACAAAGAACUACAGGACCUGGAGGAGCCUUCCGUAGCCAUUCAUUUAAUUUUCAUGGUAGUCCCAAUAGAAACAAAGACAAAAUACAAGAUCCCCCAAUUGAACAUGAUCUCUAUGUGUCUCUUGAAGACAUAACCAAAGGAUGUCAAAAGAAAAUGAAAAUUAGUAGAAAGGUUUUACAACCUGAUGGAACAACCAAAAAAGAAGAUAAAGUCCUAACGAUAAAUGUAAAACCAGGAUGGAAGGCUGGCACCAAAAUUACAUUCCAACGGGAAGGUGACCAAGGAAGGAACAAAAUUCCUGCAGAUAUAGUUUUUAUUAUCAGAGACAAGCCUCAUCCUCUAUUUAAACGGGAAGGCAGUGAUAUCAGAUAUACAGCAAAAAUUUCAUUGAAACAGGCUCUUUGUGGAUGCACCAUUGAAGUACCUACAAUGUCUGGAAAGAAGAUACCUCUAUACUACACGCAAGAAAUUAUAAAACCAAAUACUGUUAGACGCAUACAAGGCUAUGGCUUGCCUCUUCCAAAGGAACCUUCUCGACGUGGAGACCUUAUAGUUAAUUUUGACAUUCAGUUCCCUGAUCAUUUAUCGCAGUCGGCAAAGGAUAUUCUGUAUGAUACCUUACCAAAUUAACCCACUUUAAACAACGGAAGUAUGUCUUUAAGUGUGAAUUGUACGUUUUAGUACAGACGUGUGACUGGUUAUAUUAAUUUUGUAUCUAAGAUAAUGCUACGUAACUUAAUGUAAAUAAUAAAGUUAGCUUGUUAUGGAAUUCUGUGCAGAAGAAACUAGUAUAUUUAAGUUCUCUUGUUAUUAUCAUUAUUAGUAAUACUACAAUAUAGGCAAAAUUGGCCAGUUGACUAUAUUGCAGGAUUACAGAUUGCCUGAAUUUAUAAUUUUAUUUGUAAAUAAACAGUACGUUGUUUCACAGAUUUGUAAAGAAUGUUUUUGUAAAUUUUUUUUAGUAUUAAAUUGUAAAUGUUAAUAAAUUAUUUUUUUAAUUAUUUA